GUAGUGACGGUAACGUGCAUAUUAUGAAUAUCUGUCUACAGUGAUGUCAAGUAUAAUUUAUUCCUGGGUGUCACACGAGUUGAACUUAAAUGGUCAGUCAGUGGAGAAGUUGUUUGCAAACGGUUAUUUUUUGGGGAAACUUCUGAACAAAUAUAACAAAUUCCAAAAAUUCUACCUCCUAAAAAAUUCCAGCUCGCCGGAAUCUAUCGUUCGAAAUUUUUCUCACCUCCGACCAGCACUCCACGAAAUGGGAAUAAAUAUUGAUGCCCACCUAAGUCAUGACAUAAUCACCGAAAAACCUGGUAGUAUACAACAACUUCUGUACCAGAUUUAUGUUAUCUUAAGUUGUGUGGAUGGUUGCAAUCGAUGUGAUAUAAUCGACUUCCGUAAUGUCGAGCAUACACAGCUGAAUACUCUCCAAAAUCUAUCUUACAAAAACCAAUUAAAACAACUCAUUCCGAGACAAUCUGAUGUUAGUUUGGCACAAAUUCUGUCACGUUAUGAACGACAAAUGAAAAUAAACAAGAAGCAAAUUAAAGAAGCUGAGUUAAUGGAUACGUUAGAAAAAGAUGCUCUUGUCCAAAAACGUCGAAAUUCAAGACUUCAAAGAAGUCAUGAUUUGCGUUUGAUGCAAUCUGAAUUAAUGGCCAAAUUAGAAGCAUCUAUCAUCAAUUUGCCAAAAUCUGAUCGGAAGAAACUAGCAACUAAAAGUAUGAACACGCAGCAAAUCAAGCAAACACACGCAAGUAGUAUGAGUUUAAAAGAAUUGGAUGACUUUGACUCACGUAAAGAAAAAUGUGAAUUGUAUAAUAGCAAUGCAUCAAGAACAGGAGAUAAAUCUAGCGAACAAUUAAGUCCAAAUUUAACACUUAACAUCUCAACAGACGACUUUAAUAAAGCGACAAUGAAUUAUAUGAAACAGAUCCAUAAAAAGGUUGGCGAAGAAAAAAAAGCAAUAACUGAGCGUCAAAGAAGAAGAAGACGAGUUAUUAUGGAUAUACUGGAAGCAAAUCACAUUCGACAAGAGGAAAUCAGAUCAGAGCAAAUUAUGCAACGAUUAUCACGUCAGUCUCACUUAGAAAGUCGUAUUUCUGUGCAAUUAGAACAAAUUAAACAAGAAAAAUCAAUAAUUUUGGAAAAUCGUCUUGAACGAGAGCGACAAUAUGAAACUAGAAGAGAAUUGGAGUUUCAAUUAGCAAUGGAUCAUGAAAGAGAAAUGCUGCUUCAACAAAAGGAGGAAGAAAAAGAGAAAUUUGCAAUAUUAAAACAAUUUUGGUUUGAACAAAGAGCUAAACGACAACAAGCUUCUUAUAAGCGUCAUUAUGAAUUUAUUCAAAACGAUAUCAUACCAUUAUUACUACAAUUUGUUAUGAAUGUUGCAGAUUAUCGGAUAUUCACAGGGAAGCUAGUUCCAUUAAGAUUUUUCCGACAAUGGAAAAUCGAAUUCGUAAGCGGUCUGUUAGUGAACGACGCAUCAUCAACAGAGGAUCAGGCAGAAGAUCCUGUUGAAGAAGAAAUGUCGAAUGUGGCUAACCAACUUAAAUUAAAAAAGAAUCAGAUCAUAGAAGAUCAACAAGAAUUACUAGAUGACUGUGAUUUGGAGGAGUACCAAAAUCUUACUGGCGAUUGGAAUGUAGCCAAAAUUGGUACACUUUAUACGAAAUCAUUGCCGAAUGAAUUCUUUUGGCAUGUACAAGGUAAACCAAUUGAAUGGAUCGACUUCAAAGAUGAAUGUAAAACAUGCGAAUUCAAACUACCAAACGAUAUUAAUCUGAUAAAAACCAAUCCAGUUUUAGAAUGGAUAAUUAAACGUCUAUAUAAACUUAAUUUUCCGCCAACCAUUGAAUCAAAUAAAUCAGAUUUACCGGAAUUCCCUAUUAAAUUAGCACUACUUGGUAAACCUUUAAGUGGCAAAACAACUAUAAUAAGCCAGUUAGAAAAGAAUAAUCGAUGUGUUGGAAUCAAUCCAUACAAACUUAUAGAAGAGGCAUUAAAAGCUUAUGAAAAUAAAGAAACUGACGAAUGUUCCAAUACACCCGUUGAAAGUUCUACACUACCUGGAACAGAAACCUCUUCAACAGUCACACUGUCAGCUAAAGCGAAACUCGGUGAAAGCUUAUGGAAUGAAUUAAAAGUUGGAAACGAAAUCUCCGACGAUCUUUUAGUUGACUUAGUAUAUGAAAAAAUCAAAUCUCUUCAACCAACAAUUGGUUUUAUACUAGAUGGAUUUCCAACAAACUACAAUCAAGCUAAAUUACUGGAACAAAAGUUAACCGGAAACAAAUCGAACAACAUUCCACUACUUUUAGACGUACAAAACUCAACAGAUUUGAAGUUAAAAAAUGGCUUAGAUUUGAUUAUUUUACUAGAUAUAUCAGAUGAAUUAAUUUUAAAACGUGUAGCACAUACAACAAUAUCAAAGACAGCAUUAAAUGAUUCUUUGACAAAGUAUACAACCGCUGAAGAAAUACCAUACAAUAACCAAGUUGAUAUACAAACGAACACAUCAUCUAAUCAAAUUCAUACUAUGAAUAAUAAUUCAGAAGUGGACGAAAAUCAGAAUUCAACGUAUUCCGAUAAUUUUAAUUAUUCUUCAUACAUUUUACAAGAAACCCAUGGUAACAUACCGGAACGGUUAGUUAAUUUCAUUCAGUCUUGGCCAAAAUUGUAUAAAUUUUAUCAAAAACAAAAUUCAAAUUUAUGUGUUGUAAAUCUAACAGAUUUGUUAUAUAAUACAAAAUUCUAUGAUUAUGAUAUAGAAAAUAAUGAUGAAUCCAUGAAAUUAGCUGUUUAUUUAGAAAUUGAAAGACAAAUUGAAGAAUUUAUCAAAUGUAAAGAAAACAACGCUUUGGUUAAAACAAUACCAGUUGAACAGAUAGAAUUCACUGGAAACGAUCGAACCAUUGUAAUGAAUGUUGGUGAAGAUGUUGAGAAGGAAAAUGAUGAUGAGAAAGAGGCAGAAAGCAAACGUACAUUAUUCGCAAGUUCUACCAGAGAAUUAACCAAUAAUGAUGAUCAAAAUGAUCAUUAUAAUAAUAAAAAAUCAGAUAUACAGGAUUAUAACAUGAAAGACGACAAGUUGAAAGCUAGAAAUGGUAGCACCAACUCACUGCGUUUGACUCAACGUCCUGUUACAGCUAAAACUUCAUCUAGUGGUAAAAACUCUACAACUUCUAGGCAAAGUAAUCGUAGUAAAAAAGAGGGAAGUGCUGAAAGUCAAAGAAAAACAGUGGGAAGUAGAUCUCCAUCAGGAGGACGAAGUGCCAAACAGCAUGAUAAUAAAGAGAGACGAACAAAUUCAAAUGAUCGUAACAAACAAGUGGAAUCAGUCCAAAAAGAUAAAUCAAGAAGUCGUUCUGGUAGCGAAAAGAAACAACCAAAGAAAACAAAGCUGAAAUCUACUGAUUCACCUCAAUCAGUUAAGGAAACUGAUAAAGAACAAACCGUUAUUUUACAGCCAGAUUUGCCACAACCUGGUGAUGAAAAUUACCAAUUCGUUGAUUUGCCAGUUAUGAACGAAUCUGCCCAUAUAUUAUGGGAAUUUUGGAAUAGCACGGAAACUAUAUACAAUCGGAAUUUGAAGUCAAUUUUCCGCCAAAUACGUUCUCUGAAUUCAAAUAUUAUACCGCAUAUGUAUCACAUUAAACAGCAGUUUUAUAUUUAUUUAUACAGACCUGAUUCGAAACAACAUUUCCUGAACCAGUUCAUUAGUUCAUUUAAUUCGCUAUUAAAUGAAAUGCGUUCAGAUAAAGAGACCAAAGCAGAUUUACAUUGUCGAACAGAUGAUCUACGUGAUACUUUAUAUGAAAUCAUUGAUGAAACAAAACAAGCUAAUGAAAAUCGUUUGAAAACUUUACUUGAUAUACCUGGUUGGUUUACAGAUAAGCAAAUAUUGUUGAUUAAUUCAUACUUGUCAUUAUUACAAAUUGAAUUAACACGUUUUCAAGAGAAUGCACAAUUAAUAAAGGAUUAUUAUGAAGUUAUGGAAGCUAGACCUCAAACAGUCGAAAAUGAAUCGAUUCAAGCUUUAUCGGGAACAAUUGACGCAAGUCAAAUUGAAUAUACACGAAUACCAUUAAUUAAACUUCCUGAUGAAAUUGUAGAAAAUGGUGAUAGUUCCGGAUCACGUAAAAGUACAUCAACAAGACAAAAUUCUUCAAGAUCUAGUUCAAAUAGAUUGAAUAAAUCAAAAUUAACGGAUUCAGGCAACACUGUUUUGUCAAAAUAUCCAACUCCGAUUGAUAUGAAAUUUGAAAUUUUACCGAGUGAAUUUCGUAGUCAAAUUAAUUUACUGAAUCCUAAUUCAUCAUUACAAGAAAUAUUUGCAGCAUUUAGUAAAAAUGGUUUACCUUUGACUAGUCAGACUGUUUCAUCCAAUCAGCCAAAUCAAAAAGGAACCAAACCUGGUGCUGUUAAAGCAAAUUCAAUUCAAGAAAAAGUGACCCUGUCAAAUCCAAUCAAUCUUCUCCUAGAUAAACCGACUCCAUCUACAGAUUCAUCAAUUCAAUUUUUAUAUAAUGUUUUUUUAAGUGCUAUGCAAAUUAUUUUGAAUCAGGUACAAACAGAACGGAAGUCUAGAGCGAAUGAAGCUAUGUUAGACGGUUAUACAGUGGAUUUACUGAUUAAGCCUACAGACACAAAAGGUGGCAAAUUAAACUCAGCAGAUAAAAAUAAAGGUGGGCAACCUCGUAAAGGACAAAGAAAAUCGGUGGGGCCUAAGGAAAAGGGAUCUAAACCUGAUGAACAAGCAACUACUCCAGUAGAACUAACUGAAGAAGAUCAAAAGGCUAGAGAAGUUAGGCAACAUAUUAGAGAAGAACAUAUAGCUGCACUAGAAAAAGAAGCCGCUAAAACUGCCUUUCGUUUCACACUAAUAAGGGCUCAAGGAUCAGCCGUUCUAUCAGAUUUACAGGAAAAGUUUUCCCAGUUAAAGCAAUUUAUGACAGAUUGUAUCGGAAUUAAAACACUUAAAGAACACGAUGCUGUGAACAACACACUUGAAGUUAUUCGAUAUAUGAUUGAAAAAGAACAGAAACUACCAGAAAAAAUGAUAUUAGACGGUGAACAAUUUUAUAUUGAUGAAAGUGACACCAUUUCACCUAUUUCUAAUGAUUCAUUAUUGAUGGAAAAACUUCGGAUUAACUCACCAGUUAUAAAUAAACCAACUGAAUCGGAACCCCAAUAUUUUAAUCUUAGUCAGUUGAAAUAUCUAUGUGAUAAAUUCUCAACUCUGAGCCAAACAGGAUUUAUUGACGUUUUUAAUUUUCAAAGCAUAUUGAAACCAAUCCUUACAGAACGUUUUACUGAACUAACUGGCUCAUGCUCUACUGACACAUUAAAUGAAUUGUUAACAUGUCUUGUUUAUAAGUAUCGUUUAUCAUUUGAAACGAAUUCUGUGAAAAUCUCAGCCACUACUGAUUAUAACGACUUGAUUAAAGUAAACAAUACACAUGAAAAACAAGUUUAUUACAUUGAUUGGCGUCAAUUUUUAUUAGCAGCCUGUCAGCCAGCUAUUACAUAUCAUCAUUCCACUGUAAUUACGCAAUCAAGUCUAGUGGAAUUAUCACAAAGACUCAUGGAAUUAGAUCAAUCAGUUAAACACGAAAAUCUACUCAAUGUAAAAGUUACUCGAGCUCAAUUUCAAUUCGCUUCAUUUAAGUGGUUUCCAGUUGGAGUAAAGAAUUAUGAAGAAUUGCAUGAUUUCAUAUUCAGUAUAUUCACAAAGAAGGUUAGUCAAUCAAAAACCAAUCAAACGUAUCUCAAAAAUGAUUCACAGAAUACAGAAACCUGUAUCAACUCUCAAAAUUAUGAAACAGUGUCAAUGGAAGAAACAGUUAAUUGCUCAGAUCUUUUAUUAAAUAUUUCAGUUAUUCAAGUAAAAUCUCCUUAUAUCGGCUUUCUACGUUGUUUAUCAACACUUCUUGGAAGACAUGUUCCAUAUAUAUCUGUUCACAACCAACUGAUGGUAGAUCUCUGUGAUAUGGAAUACGAAGGAGUACCACAGAAUUGUCCUGAUGAUCCUAUACCUAAAGAAAUUUUGGAAAAGGUCAUUUCAAAGAUUUUCGUAAUCUAGGAUUUUCCAAUAUCAUGAGAUGAUCAGAAUCAAAAUUGUAGGCCACCCACUUCAUGUCAACUCGGAGGUCUAAAGAUAAUUUGUUUUCAACAAGGUCUGGGAACUGCAGUUUUACCUCCUCACCUGGGCCAAGGGCCCAUACUAGUGAGGAUUCCCAUGAUAAAGACAACACAGAUAACUUUGUUAUGAGAGUCGAAGACUUCCACUACACUUUUUUUCUAGCUCCCAAUAGAAACAUCGCACUAGAAUAGCGCUAUAAAAUUGAUGUUUUUGUUAUCCGACGUCUGAAAUGGUAAACAGGUCUAAAUUACGCUAAUAGGUGGGAAGUUUUAGAGUAUAAUAAACUAGUAGUAAUCAGUGAGAAUGCUGUAGGAAAAAUGGAGAUUGGUCAAGACGACUUAAUGUCCAUCUAAUAUCAUUCAUGAAUAAAGAAAAAAGUAGAAACAGCUAAUACUAGAGUUAAGAAUUAGAGUUGAAGUAAGGAAAGAAACUUUGCAACUGGAUAAUUGUUAGUUCGAAAAUAAGCACUUCCACCAAUAAGUAUCAGUCGACCAAUCAUUGAGGAAAUAGGACCAGUGACCAGCUAUUUCUUUCUGGUUUGGGUACCUUACCAAUAAAUACUCAAGACAUCAUGCGUAGCUGAAAACAAGAUCUUAGUUCUUCAAAUGACAUAAUUUAUGGCGAAAUUUACCUUCGAGUUAUAAAAUUCAAACAGAUCUCAAUGAAAUCAACAGGAAUCAAGUCCCCAGUAGUUCCUAAGUGGAGUUCUCCAGAUAAAUUCAUUUGUGCAUGACUUCUAUAGUAAAUAUUCCCGGAGUACUUCCAACUAAAAUGAAACAGAUAUUUAUACAACACUUUGUGGUUCCCCAGUCAAUACUGACUUUCAAUGGAAAUUACUUUAGGGUUGAUCAGUAUUCCCAUACACACAAAAUUGUUCCAAAACAAUAACGCCAAAUGUUAUACAACGUUUUUUAACUAAAAACGAAGAGUUGAAUACCUUGUUGAGUUGUUUUGAUUUGUUUACAAUAAAAUUAACUAGAGGAGCCAAUCAAACCAUGUAUAUUUAUUCAUAACAUUUUCCUUGUUAAAAAAUGACAUAGUACUCCUGCUUGUCGUAUUUUUGAUGGCGAAUAACAAAGAUUUGACAUGUGAAUUUAUCACUGAAAUAUAUAAAAAAACAAUUCAGCAAUGGAAGCCUUUGCAAGAAUACUUCAAUUCCCUAUUAGCAGAAAACACAAUUAUCUAAAACCAAGCUAUAUAGAACAUCAAACUUUAAAAAUUCUUACCCUUAACUAAAAAAGUAAAAGCCAAUUUUCAUGUUACUUAUAUUAACAGUUAGUAGUAUGAUAUUUUUUAUUAAAUAAGAAAGAUAGGUUCAGCAAAGUUUCUUUUCGGAGAAUUCAUUUUCAAGGGCGUACAAUCGCAAAUAUGCAUACUUAUUUCUCAGGAUAACAACAACUUAGUAAUAAUGAUGGUAAAAUUCUGUUAGACAUGGUGAUAGUGAGGUAGGACAAACGAAGGUAUUAAAAAGAUUUUAUUUAGGGAAACCAAUAACAGUUUUGUUGUUAAAAGCCUCAAUAUUCAUCAUGAAGAUAAAUAGAGAAAUUAUAAUUGGGGACGCAUGGCUCAGCAUGAUGAGAUAAAAUGUUGAAACUGAGGUUAAAUUUAAUCAGGAAAAUUACAGUAACAGAAAUAAAACAGUUGGGGGUAGAAGGUCUAUGGAGAAAAUAGAAGAGAGGGAUGGCUGUAAAGGAAGGAAAGUGUGAAGAAAGAAAGAAAAUUAUCAAACAUUAAGACCAUAAUAGAAGAGGUCGCGCCAAUCUAUUUUGGACACGCAAUUUCGGUUUUUCCAGAUGUAUAGCUAUUGUUAAGAAGACGCAACAUAACUGCCUUUGUCAGCCUUCUACUUACCUUGUAGAGAACUUUUAACUCAGAAUCUGUUUUGAUUGAGUAAUCUGUGUUCAUGAGGUGUUCGAUUAUUGAGCUUCUUACUGAACCGUUUCCGCCUCUUUUUAGCCACGCCGGGUAAUGUUCUUGAAUUCUUUUGGAUAAAUUACGUAUCGAACGACCUAUAUACCUGGCUCCACAUGAGCUGAGAAAUUUUUAAAGCCGAUCUCACUUGAGAACUUCAGUUUAUAAUUUAUCUAGAGGAAGGAUAAAAAUGUAGAAACGGCUAGUGUCAUUUCAUACAGAUAUUCAUCAUUGUUAUAAAGCGUAUUCUUUUUCCCCACCAAAAAGUGAGUUAUCUAGUGGUAGUUAAUUCUUCUUUUACUAGAGAAAAUUAUCAGCAAGUUUCCAUUCGAGUUUAAAUUUAAUUUAAUAUUUUAAACAAGUUGUAUAGUUGUAAACACCUCUUAAUCAGAAAAUGUAUGUAAUUAUGAAUAUUUUCACCAACACAAAGGAUCUAUAUCGUAUAACCUAUAUCCGUCUGCGUACUACAUUCCAAAACACAGCAUGUUUGUACAAAAUAAGGUCAAAUGUCAUUAAUUAAGCUCCUUCAUGUUUUCUGUAAUACAAUAAAAAUAUAAUAAGAAACUGAUAUCACACUGUUUUAAUGAGUAAAAUAGUAAUGUUCACAAUUUUCUAAUAAAAUAACAUGUACAGUGUUAUAGAGUAGUUUUAUGUAAACUCUUCACUUAAGGUCUAUUGUACAUGAAGAAAGCAUCUAAUCCGUAAGUAAAUACUUUUCCUCACAUGAUCUGGUACUUGGAUAUUCAAACCACUCUUGGAAGAUAACUUAAAUUGACAACUGAAGUCAGCUGAAAAUUUUCAAUAUCGAACACACAUGAUAACAUAAGAGAUCGAAGCCAGUAACUUCAGUAAUUUGAUCCUUUCUAUAUUAUUAUUAUUAUUAUUAUUACUGACUUCAAAAGUUAUGAAAUUGUUGCUGUGACUUAUCAAAAAUAAAAAUUUUAAUCUCAUUCUUUAAAUAUAGAUUCUAAGCUUUGGUCUAGUUAAUACAAACCAGUGUCGAACUGUUCAUGAUGAUCUGGAAACGUCUCAAGUUUUAGAUGCGUCUGAACCAGGAAAUUUCCUGAUAUCAGAUAAACUUCAGGAUAUUUUUACAAGUCUUGAAAAUAAUGGUCAACCAUCAACACUCAAGAAUUUAUUACAUAAUAUGGAUUUUCAAAAUUUAUUGAUCAGUUCACUAGCACAUUUCAAAGGAAUAGCACAGUUUUCAGAGCCAUGGAUAACAGCAUUACAAACUUACUUUAAUGAUUCAUUUUAUUUAUAGUAAAGAUAAAACAAUUUAAAGGAUAUCAAUGGCAAGACAAUUUAUCAGUAACUUUCUGAACCAAUAUUGAAAAGCAUGAGCUUUUUCCCCAUCUUCACAAGUGAUUUUUAUUUUAUUUGUUGUGGCAAAUUAUUUCAAUAAGAAAUUGUGUUACAUUUUCGGAUUAUCGAAGAUAACUUUUGCUAGUGUUACUAUUAUUCUACUGUACACUCUCUUGUUUCUCCAAAGCAUUGUAGUAAACGUUUUUGGAUUCUAAAAUAAAUUAUAUGAAUAAA